CAAGAGCCCGCUCUUCUCUCUUCUUCUUCUUCUUCUUCUUCCCAGUCUCGUAGAUGGUUGAAGAGCCCUGAGAGGAGGGAGAGAGAUUCUUUGUUUCUGGUGUUAGAUCGUUCUUGGAGGGGGCUUUUUGGGAAUUUGGGACGGAUGGAUCAAGAAAACAUGGUUAUAUCUGGCGAGAACAAUCGCCCCUGGAUUAAACCCAGAGUUCAUCAAGGUGGGGUUGAGAUGGAUGGAAGAAAGAUUGGGAUGCAAGGGCGGCAGAACAGGAGAGUUCUGGGCGUGAUUAAUCAGAACUUGGUUGCUAAUCAUUCAUACCCAUGUGUUGUUUCUAAGAGAGGAACAUCAGAUGAGAAGAAUGCUGUUGUGCCAACUAAUAGGCCAAUCACAAGAAAAUUUGCUGCUCAAAUUGCAAGCUCUCAGCAGCAACAUUGCCAUGAGGAAAGCAAGAAACCAAGAACUGUGGCUGAAGAAUGCAGGAUAUGGGAGGAUGAAGAAGAAGGAGCUGGUGAUAAAGACCAUCCAGUCCCUAUGGCUCUGGAGCCAACAGAUAUUAUUGAUUCAAAGGAAAAGGGUCAAAUGGAAGAGGUUGAAAUGGAGGACAUAUUUGAAGAGAGUUUGUUGUUGGAUAUUGACAGUGGGGAUGCAAAGAAUCCUCUUGCAGUUGUUGAGUACAUUGAAGAUCUUUAUGCUUAUUACAGAAAAAUGGAGAACUGUAGCUGUGUUUCUCCAGAUUACAUGUCAAAACAAUUUGACAUCAAUGAGAAGAUGAGGGCUAUUCUUAUUGACUGGCUCAUUGAGGUGCACCACAAGUUUGAACUGAGGGAAGAAACACUGUUUUUGACCAUAAACAUCAUAGACAGAUUCUUGGAGAAACAAAGUGUUGUGAGGAAAAAGCUUCAGCUUGUUGGACUUGUUGCCAUGCUCUUGGCUUGCAAGUAUGAAGAGGUUUCUGUUCCAGUUGUGGAUGACUUUGUAUUCAUCUCUGCUAAAGCUUACACCAAGAAAGAAGUUCUUGACAUGGAGAGCUGCAUGCUCAACACAUUGCAAUUCAAUAUGUCUCUCCCAACUCCCUAUGUCUUUCUCAGAAGAUUCCUCAAGGCCACUCAAUCUGAUAAAAAGCUGGAGCUGCUGGCUUUGUUCUUGAUUGAGCUGUGCCUAGUGGAGUAUGAAAUGACCAAAUACUCCCCAUCUUCUUUGGCUGCUGCUGCAGUCUACACUGCACAAUGCACACUCCAUUGUUGCCACAAGGAAUGGAACCAGACAUGUCAAUGGCACACUGGCUACUCUGAACUUCAACUUCUGGAGAGCUCAAGAAUGAUGGUGAGCUUCCAUCAAAGGGCAGGAACAGGGAAACUGACAGGAGUGUACAGAAAGUACAACACUUCAAGAUUUGGGCAUGUAGCUAAAUGUGAGCCUGCAACUUUUCUUCUUGUCCAGAAAGAUCAAGAAGAACAUCAAUAGUCCUAUUUUUUUCUCCUACCUAUAAAAAAAUAACUUUUUUCUAAAUGGUUUUUUUUGCUCUAUUAUGCUUGGAUUUGGUUGGGAUGUUAUUGGAUUGAUAAUAUUUUUUUUCUUCAAAAAAAAAAGAAAGAAAGUUGAAGAUAGAAGCAACUGUUUGUGUUGCACUAAGGGGUGAUUUAGAAGUUGCCUUUCCCAUGGAUGAUCAGUUCUAACUGUAUUUCUAUUUCUACUUGAAAUAAAUAGUGAAAUUCAUA